AUGAAAGAGAAGAACCAAAAUUUCUUCUUUGAGCUCAACCUUGAAGGCGAUCACUGUAUUAAACAUGCAUUCUGGGCCGAUGCAAGAAGCAGGGCUGCAUUUGAGUAUUUCAAAGAUGUGGUUUCUUUUGACACAACCUAUAACAAAAAUAGGUACAAUUUGUUCUUAGGUUCUUUUGUGGGCGUGAAUCACCACGGCAAGUCGACACUUCUCGGAUGCGCGCUGAUAAAAAAUGAGGACAUCCAAUCAUUCAAACGGCUAUUUGAGUGUUGGCUACGUUGCAUGGGAGAGAAGGAACCAAAAGGUAUUCUUACCGAUCGAUGCGCAUCGAUUCAAAGGACAAUUGAGCUGUGCAUGCCAACAACAAUUCACCGCUGGUGCAUCUGGCACAUUAUAAAGAAGAUCCCAAGCAAAUUAAACGGCUACAAGGGACAUAACGAAAUUGAGCAAGAGAUGAGCCAUGUUGCUUGGAACUCGUACACAAAAGAAGCAUUUGACAGAAACUGGAUCGAUUUCCUUAGAAAGUACGGCCUCGGAAGCAACAAGUGGCUUUCAGCAAUAGAGGCACAGUUUCAGCAUCUAUAUAGCCAUGAGAAGUUCAGGGAAGUUCAAGCUCAAUUCAGAGGUAAAGUGAACUAUAUCACAAGAUCAAUGCAUUCCACCCUAGGUUUCACAACAUAUAAAGUCAUAGAGCAGGUUUCCAACUCCACAUUCAACAAGUUUGUCAUCACCUACGACGCAGUAUCACGAGAUGUAAAGUGUCAUUGCUUGCUAUUUGAGUCUAAGGGCAUAUUGUGCCGCCAUUCCCUAAGCGUCCUAAGCUUCGAGCGAGUGGAUAACGUGGCACCAAAAUACAUAUUGGUUCGCUGGAGCAAGAACAUAAAGAGGAGGCAUACACACAUCAAGAGCAGCCAAGAUGAACCUCUACUGGAGCCGAGAAGUAAGAGAUUUGACGAAUUAGUGUUUCGGUCACACAAUAUAUGUGAAUUUGCAUCUGAGUCCGAAUAG